AUGCAUUCAGAAGAAUCUCGACGAUCAACGAGCUGCUGGGAAAGCAUCCACCAAAAGGGCAAAGAGUCCUGGACACUUCAAUGGAAUGAAAAUGUCGAGAGCAGUCCCUUCAUUUGUAUGGUUACCGUUAAAGGAAGUGACCCUGGUCUUGCUUUAACCUUCUCAUCACUACGACAUAGCAUCACAAGUUUAGCACAGCGUGAUGGCUUCAAGGAUCGCAUACAGAUUCACGGUAUUCGGGGCGAAAUGGCGAACAAAAUAAACCGCAUGUCAUUCCCUUAA